UGCUAUGUGCUCAAAUAAUACAAGAUUAAACAACAAGUAUGGCCAGAAGAGGGAGUGUUGAUGGCGAAGGAGAAGGGGAUGACAAUGACAGGGAGCAUUGUUGUUCUUCACCUUUCAUUGAGACGCCUGUUUAUCGCGAAACGCUUACUGGUAGAACGCGCUAUCCAGGUGCAGUUAGAUUGAGAGCGUAUUUGUUUGAUGGAUCAGGAAAUUAUUGUAACAAGGAUUGGGAUCUUAGAGAGGGUAGUGGACAGCAGUUUUGUUGGUACCAUGUAGAGCUUCCGAGAGGGAACCAGAAAUUGUCUCAAUCUGCGCAGUACCUUAUUGAUGCUCUUUGUCCACCUUUGAAACUUCAAGAUAUUCUCUCACUUCUUAGUAAUGGACCCUUCUGUGGUUAUGUAGAUGGUGCUCUUGUUUUUAGAGUCAAUUCACCUGGACAUGCAGCUAGCAAAUUUACUUUCAGAAUUGCGGCGAGGGUUACUGAGAGUUCGGUGAUAACUGUAUCUUUGGGUCGGAUUCCUAGAUUGGGGUUUUCUCCAGCUGGUCAAUCACUUCUUUUGGACGUUCCUAGCGUGGAAAGUCCCACUUAUAAUAGGGGAGAUCAUAGAGAAAGGAGUGGAACUGUGAUUGCAGAACAUGUCCUUGACUUUUUGUUGAGGACAAAUCAUUCAGAGGAGGCAGAUAAUGCUGUGCCAAAGUGUGUAUCAAAUCUUGUUGUUCACAUUAUUGACACACACUUGGAUCACCUUCAGGAUGUCGUGACUACUCUUGAAUUGGAGCUGGACUCAGUAGAGUUCGAACUAGAUAAAGGUGGUUUUGCUCUAAAGGAAAAAUUACUAGAAGAUAGACGGUUCCCAAAGAUGCAUUUAGACUUGCAGCGCCUACUGCAGGCGAUUGCACACGGGGAACAAGUAUUUCCACGAGUCAAGGAAAAAUGUUCUUCGAGAGAUUGGUUUGCCAGCGAAGACAUUAACUCAAUCGAAGAGUUAUGUGGGGGACUUAGGCGACUUAAAGAGAAUGUCGGGUUUAUAGUCAAUCGUGUCACAGCGGUCCAAGCAGGUCUCGACAACUGGCAAUCAGAACAAAUCAACAGAAAACUAUAUUAUCUUUCAUUCCUGUCAAUUAUAUUUCUUCCUUUGUCCAUCAUAACCGGAGUGUUUGGAAUGAAUGUCGGAGGCGUUCCAUGGACAGGACAAGAUGAUCCAAGACUAGAGGAUGGGUUUCGAAACGUGAUCUGGUUGAGUAUGGUAACGCUACUUCUGAUACUGGUGCUCUUUCUUUUUCCAGCACUUUGUAUUCGUCUUACUGCUUGGUUCAGGAAGGGAAAUGUAAGAAAAGGCUGGUACAGAAGGUCUUUUGCCAGGAGAUCUGAUACCAUUAGAAAUGGCUACAUGCGGUUUUAGAAACAGAGAAAGUGACCCUUAUGCUGGCUUAUAUUGUGUUAUGCUGGUCGUUUUUUAUUUUCCCAGAUGUAAAAAAUGCCCCCACUCAUAGACUUUAGACUUUUAUCAUCCACAGCAUUUUCGAAUAGUUUUUUGUCAUCAUUAGGUCAUUUUUGAUACAUACAGUCAUGUGCUUGCAAUUUCUUCAAAUGUUCAAA